UUCAUUCCCCACUCUGUUCCUCUCCCCGACGCCUCCUCUCCCUGAUCCAUCUCGCCGCCGGCACAACUCCCUCCGCCGCCUCCCUCUCGCCGCGGCCCCUCCCUCCCUCCCUCCCUCCCUCGCCGGUCACCCUCCACCGCUCCCCUAACUCCUCACCGCAGCGCCGACCCGCCCCCCCUGGACGAGUACCCAACGGAAGAGGAUGCUCGCGCGCGGGGAUCCCGGUCAUGGCCGCCGGCCAUGCCUGCGGUGUGGGGCUCCUGGUCGUGGCCGCCGUCCUUGCUCGCCCGCGGGGCUCCAUCAGGUGGAGGCCGUCCGAGCAACAAGGACAGCAAGGCCGGCCAGGCCGUGUGGCUCUCGGCGCCGCGCCGCCGGACGCCGGCAGGGCGGGGUCGACGGACCAAGGCCUGGUGUGGUGGUGACCUGACCAGGGUGCUGCAGCCGGCGACCACCUCCCCUGUUCUUCUCCCCACGCCGGCGGCAACAUCCCUGGAUUGGACCUGCUGCUCCCCGACGCCCGCGCGCCAUCCACCUCUCUGUCCCGCUGCUGCCUCUCCCAGAACGCUCGGACCGGCCGAACACGAGAAGAGCAAACCGGCGGUGGAUUUCUUGUCGUUGGCUGACCUGCGAGAUCAUCACCGCGCGAGCUGCACUCCCACUACCCCUGGAGCACCUCCUCGGUUAGCGCCUGCAGCAGCCAUGAUGUCAACGGCAUGGCGCCCAAGCACCAACACCACCACUAGCAGCGGCCCAGGCUGGAAGGCCCUCCUCCACGGCUUCGAUCUUUCCCGCGUUUGAGCUCACAUGCCCCAUGUUGCACAUUUCCUUGUGUGGAAGAGCAAGCGAACGAAAUUGAUCUUUGUAGCUUUGCAAUCAGUAUUUGUAUUUGUUCCAACUUAAUGUCUGAUUGAUGUAUUCAGGACUGUAUUUCAACUUGGGCUCUUCAAUAAAGAUUUGCCUAGUAGUUAACA